UUAUUUCCCAAAGCAUUUUCCAAGUACAUGAAAACUAUACACCAUUAAUAGUAAAAUAUGGACUUCAUUGAUGAUAUUGCAUUUUGUAUUUGGAAUUGGAAGAGAGGACCCUCAAAUCAACCCCCCUCUGUCUAACUAAAUGCGUGUCCCUUGGAACUCUACUACUAGGUUAAGAGAAUUACUGUGUCUUGGCAAAUCCCAAGAUGUUCUUCUCCACUACCGUGAACUAAAGAAGACCGGAGUUGAGUUGACAGACCAUACAGUUUUCCCCGUCCUUGUCAGAGCAUGUUUAAACCUCUCCACCACGCAGUACGGCAACUCUAUCCAUGCCUCUCUCAUUAAGCAGGGAUUCCUUGCUUUCACUUCCGUCAAUAAUUCUAUGAUGGACUUGUAUGCUAAAUCUGGAGAUUUGGGUUCUGCCCUUGUUGUUUUUAACCACAUGGACCACAAAGAUUCAGUUUCCUGGAAUGUAAUCAUCCAUGGACACUUAGAGCGAGCUGCUUCUUCUCGGCACGGAUUAUGGUUCUUUUCUCAAGCUUGGGCCGCAGGUUUUGAACCCAACAUCUCCACCUUAGUGCUUGUCAUUCAGACUUGUCGCAAUCUUAGAGAUUUUGAAGUUGGACAGACGAUUCAUGCUUCUAUCAUUCGUGCUGGCUAUUCAAGUAUAACUUCCAUCCAAAACUCGCUCCUCAACUUCUAUGCUGAAUUUGGAAUGCAGCUUGCCCACAACCUUUUUGAUGAAAUGCCUCACAGAGACGUUAUUUCUUGGAGUGUCAUGGUUGCUGGCUAUGCCCAAAGUGCCGAGGAAAUGACUGUUGCUCUCGAGUUUUUCCAAAGGAUGAUUGAUUUUGGAAUAACACCAGACGGGCAAUCGGUGGUAAGUGUACUCAAAGCCUGCAGCAAAUUGAGGGCCAUUAGAAUGGGCGAGUCAAUUCACGGAUUUGUCAUCACAAGAGGUCUGGGUUGUGAUUUGUUUGUACAGAACUCUCUGAUCGACUUGUAUUCUAAAUGCAACGACAUUGAUUCUUCAUUGAGAGUUUUUCGGGAAAUUAAUGAGAAGAAUGUUGUGUCCUGGAACUCUUUGUUGUCUGGACUUGUGCAGAAUGAGAAGCACUCUGAGGCCCUUGCUUUAUUUGAAUCGAUGCGGAAGGCUGGAGUUGAUUCUGAUGAGGUGACUCUGGUCAAUAUGCUUCAGUUAUGUAAGUCCUUCCUGGACCCUUAUCAAUGCAAGUUAAUCCAUUCUAGCAUGCUCCGGCGAGGUUUUGAGUUGAAUGAGUUGGUUACAAACUCUUUGAUCGAUGCAUAUGCAAGUUGCAAUCUCAUAACUUAUGCAUGGAGUCAAUUUAGUAAUAUGAAAACACGAGAUGCAGUAACUUGGAGCACCAUGAUCGCCGGCUUCACACACUGUGGCAUGCCUGAUGAAGCAAUUGCUGUUUUCUGGGAGAUGAGUUACACCACUGAACGGCCCAAUGCCGUUACCAUGCUAAAUCUUCUUGAAGCUUGCUCUCUUUCUGCAGAUCUGAAAAGAUCAAGGUGGGCUCAUGGCAUUGCUAUUCGAAGAGGAUUAGCAUAUGAUGUGGUAGUUGGAACUGCAAUCUUAGAUAUGUACUCAAAAUGUGGUUCUAUUGGAUCUUCCAGAAAAGUGUUUGACCGGAUUCCACACAAGAAUGUCGUGACCUGGAGUGCCAUUAUCGCAGCGUAUGGUAUGAAUGGCUUCCCAAAUGAAGCUCUAGCCCUACUUGCUGAGAUGAAAAUGUGUGGUCUGAGGCCAAACCAAGUAACUGCACUGUCUCUUUUAUCCGCUUGUAGUCAUGGGGGACUGGUAGAAGAAGGGCUCGCUCUUUUUGAGGAGUUGAUUUGGGAUCAUGAAGUUGAACCUGGCUUAGAACAUUACUCUUGCCUUGUAGAUUUGUUAGCUCGGGCCGGAAAGGUUGAUAGUGCGAUGAAUUUGAUAGGGAAGCUACGUGUUGAACUAAAGCCUGGUGCAAGUGCAUGGGGAGCGCUCCUGAGUGCUUGUAGGAACUAUGAAAACUAUGAGUUUGGUGCCAGUGCCCUCCCUCAAGUACUUGAACUCGAGCCAUCAAGCUCAGCUGGCUAUCUGCUUGCAUCAAAUAUGUAUGCAUCAGGUCAUUCAUGGGUUGAUGCCACUAACAUGAGAAUGCUGGCUGAGGAGGAAGGUGUCAAGGUUAUAGCUGGCUAUAGCUUAGUGCAUGUAAAUGGCAAGGGCUGCAGGUUUCUUGCAGGAGAUAAACACCACUCUUUGUCUGAUGAAUUGCAGUUUGCCAUUCAGCAACUGCAUUCAUGCAUGAAAAUUGACAUAACCUGCGGAUAGGGGAUUCUUUUCUUUUCAAGUAAAGGCGACACCUUUCCACAGCUAAAGAGCUAUCUUUCUUCUGCUGCUAGGAAGCCGCAAAAUUGGGAGCUGAAACUCUAGAUAGUUGCGGUGGAAGCUUCUCGAAAGAAAGGAGGGCAGAAUCCCAGAAUGAGGAAAGGAAUCCUCCAUUUGUCAUAGUGGACGCUGAGGGAUGAGGUUUGGGAUUUGUAGGUUUCGUAUUGGGGCCAUGAUGUCUUAGAGCCAUUAUAUGCCUCUUUUGCCUACCCGUAAAUCUUGUGGGGUUAGGGGGCACGUGUGAGGGAACCUUUUGCCAAUCUAAUGGUAGUAACUUGCAUUGGCUUGGGAGUUAUAUUUCAUGAUAGGUUAAAAGGGGCUCAAUGGCUGCUUGGAGGUGACAAAGAGGGGAAGAUAUAUGACCUGGACGCGUAUGAGGUGAUUCAUCAAAAGGCUAAUGCACAAGACAAUUGAAAAUGAGAGAUGAACAUGGUCACUAGAGUUCAAUAUUUUCUUUUCUUUUUUGAUAGUUCCAAAAUUGUGUUCAUUUUCUUGAAAAAGUUACAUGCUCGGAUUCUCUAUACAAUCCAGCAAGUUACGAAGACAAUUGGUCUAAGUUUUGCCAAGACAAUAGUAUAAUUGCUAGCAGCUAGGAGGGAGACGAGGUUGCAACAUUUAUCAAGUGAUGUUACCUCAUAUCACCGAGAUGUCUUAGGUGUAACUUGUAAGUAGAAGCAAUUGAUUUUGUUGUUAUAACGAAGUAGUCUUAUAAAAAUUAACUAAUCGAACCAUCAUAAUAUUAUGUCCUAAAAGCAGCUUGCCGAUCUUUUCU